AUGGCUUCAGUCGAGGAAAUCAGAAAUGCUCAACGUGCCAAGGGUCCGGCCACCAUCCUAGCCAUUGGCACAGCUACCCCCGACCACUGUGUCUACCAGUCUGAUUAUGCUGAUUACUAUUUCAGGGUCACUAAGAGCGAGCACAUGACUGAGUUGAAGAAGAAGUUCAAUCGCAUAUGUGACAAAUCAAUGAUCAAGAAGCGUUAUAUUCAUUUGACGGAAGAAAUGCUUGAGGAGCACCCAAACAUUGGGGCUUAUAUGGCUCCAUCUCUUAACAUACGCCAAGAGAUUAUCACUGUUGAGGUACCCAAACUUGGGAAGGAAGCAGCAUUGAAGGCUCUUAAGGAGUGGGGUCAACCCAAAUCAAAGAUCACCCAUCUUGUAUUUUGUACCACCUCGGGUGUAGAAAUGCCUGGUGCAGAUUAUAAACUCGCUAAUCUCUUAGGCCUCGAAACAUCGGUUAGAAGAGUGAUGUUGUACCAUCAAGGGUGCUAUGCAGGUGGAACUGUCCUUAGAACAGCUAAGGAUCUUGCAGAGAAUAAUGCAGGAGCAAGAGUUCUUGUGGUGUGCUCUGAGAUCACAGUUGUUACAUUUCGUGGCCCUUCCGAAGAUGCUUUGGACUCUUUAGUUGGCCAAGCCCUUUUUGGUGAUGGGUCUGCAGCUGUAAUUGUAGGAUCAGAUCCAGAUGUCUCAAUUGAACGACCACUCUUCCAGCUUGUCUCAGCAGCCCAAACAUUUAUUCCUAAUUCUGCAGGUGCAAUUGCAGGAAACUUACGUGAGGUGGGACUCACCUUUCAUUUGUGGCCCAAUGUGCCCACUUUAAUUUCUGAGAACGUAGAGAAAUGUUUGACUCAGGCUUUUGACCCACUUGGUAUUAGCGAUUGGAACUCGUUAUUUUGGAUUGCUCACCCAGGUGGCCCUGCAAUUCUUGAUGCAGUUGAAGCAAAACUCAAUUUAGAUAAAAAGAAACUUGAAGCAACGAGGCAUGUGCUAAGUGAGUAUGGAAACAUGUCAAGUGCAUGUGUGUUGUUUAUUUUGGAUGAGAUGAGAAAGAAAUCCCAUAAGGGGGAGAAGGCCACCACAGGUGAAGGAUUGGAUUGGGGAGUAUUAUUCGGUUUUGGACCAGGCUUGACUAUUGAAACUGUUGUGUUGCAUAGCAUUCCUAUGGUUACAAAUUAA